CGCACUGAACGGAGAGUGAUAGCAUUUUGAUGGCAUUCUCUGAUAAUCUCGAAACCAAUCCUUCUCGCUUCGAUCUAGAAGAACUUAUCGACGACAAUUGUGAUUCGGAUGACGAGUAUCAUUCCCAUGAUUCGGAAUGUGAUCCGAGUUACAGAAUUGAGAAAAAAACCAAUUCCAAGGUUUCAAGGACCUCGAUCAGGAAGAAAUCAAAGCCGUUGGAAAUUGUAGACAUGAACCUGAUCGUGGAUAUGGAUAUAGAUGAUGUAGCGCCAAAUGUUCCGAUUCUAAAUGAAAAUGAUGAAAAAGAUAUUCGUGAAGUGCUAUCGAUCGUUAAAACUGGUAAGCUAGAGAAACUCAAGGUAGAACAAUGUAAGGCUUAUCUGAGAAAGAAUGGAUUGAGGCUGACAGGAACGAAAGAUGUACUCAUUCAGCGCAUCAAGGAGCAUUUGGAGAUUUUAAAUAGUGGAGGGGAAAACAAAUACCCAGAGUAUAGCUUUAUAGUGAAUUGUAAAGGUGAUGCCUGCAUGGGUGAUGUUGUUAUGUUUGAGCAAAAAGUAUACGAGAUGUACAAUAUAGCAUCUAGGAGCUCCAUAGGUCCUUCACGUGGAACAAGAACGGUUGUAGGUCGCAUUGUGAAAGAAAGCUAUGGAUCUUCCAAACAACAACAUACAUUUACGAUUGAAGUUUUGUGGAGUAAGGGUGAGAAACCCCUUCCUCCACUUCAUCCCCUUUUAAUCAAGGGUCGAAAUCUUUACCGGAUUAAGACUUUUAGACAGACUUGGGAAGAUGAAGGAGAAAGGCAGAAAGUUUUAAUGGAAAAACAUGCUAGGGGAUCACUUGCAAGAUCAAAUAGGGAAACACGUGUAGUAGAGAGAGAAAAAAGAAAAACACACAAGGAAAAUAGGAAAUCAAGAAAUGAAGGAUUUAAAGACAAUCCUUCUCAGUCAAAUCUAUCUUCAGCAGGAACAACGUUAGUUCAAUCCAUGGAAAAGUUAUCGGUUGAUUCGAGAAAAGUGGUUCAUCAACAUCAGGAAGAACAAUUGUUUGGUAAUUCAGGAAAAGCAUUUCAACAUCAACAGCCAGAAAAUCCAUCUAAUCAAACAAAAUCAGAUUUGUUCAUUGAUCAUAAUAGACUACCAUUUCAACAUCAAAACAAUUACUAUAGCCAACCCCAAAUGAAAGCCAAUCAUUCGGCUUGCUACAGUAUAAUGCAGCCUAUCAUUUACAAGGCUGAUCAUGCUGCUUCUGUUAACGAAGUUCUUGAUAAUACAAACCGCAGUUCGUGGGAUUAUCAUUAUUCUAGAUUGCCAAUGGGCCGAAUGAAUCUUUAUCCUAGAGUGAAUCAAACUGCACAAGAAGGCUACAAGCAACAACAAUGCCGUCAUUAUGCUGUAGGGAGAUGUUACUACGGGGAGAAUUGUAAAUUCUCGCAUGAAAUGACACGAGAUUUUGUCCGAAGGGAGAAAGAAAGAUUGGGACAUCAUCACAUUCAUCAAAAUGCUCGCCAUUGUCGGUAACUAGUUAUGUACAACUUUUGGAGAGUUGUAUUUUGUAUUAGAAAAGUAGCGUAUUGCUACUUAGAUAACUUUUAUAUUUUUUGAAUGAGUAAAAUGAUCUCAACUUGAUUUGAACCUGUGAUCACAAAUUGGGUUUAGAGUUUAGAGAAGUGUUUUACUGUUUUAAGAUAAACAUACUACCAAUGAAAAUUGUGCUUUAU